GGUACCGAGGAUGAUGUCGUGAGUUGGUUGCACGGGAAUGGAUUAUGGGAAAUGGCUCGAGAGCCAUACGAGCCCUUAUGGAUAAAAGGAGGAGGCCAUUGCAAUCUCGAGCUCUACCCAGAUUAUAUCCGCCAUUUGUGCAAGUUCAUUCAAGAGAUGGAGAACAUCACAACACAAGUCAGGCUCGGAAAAAUUCGACUUCAUAAAAAGACAAAAACCUCAAACAGAGCUGCUGCUGCUGCUGGCCCAAAUGCUGGCCCAAGUGGCGAAAGCCCAAGUGGCCCACUUGCUGUUUCAAGCCCAAUUGCCCGAGCUGCACUUGCUGGUGCAAGAAAUGGUCUUGCAGGUGCACCGUUUGCUCGUGUUUGUGUGCUGCUAAGUGUUCUUGCUGGUGAAGGUUUUUUCUAA